AUGAGAGGAUAAACAAAAUAAGAAAAAGGGAGUACUUCAUAGGAUCAAUUGACUAUCUAAAAAUCUAGAGAGAUUUUAUUCUAUUUAUUAUCUAGUAACCGUGCUGCAUUCUAGGUUAAAAAAAUAUAUUAUUCACCUUAUAAAAAUUACUUCGUCAGUGAAGUCGUCUUAUCAAAUAAAAUUUAAAUAAAUAUUUGGUUAUAUGACACCUUAUAGCGAUACUAAGCGUUAUGUAAUACAUCGAGCAGUAAUAAUAGGAAAUAGAUUUAGAAUGAAACAGCAGUGAUAGGCCAAUUCAAAAUAAAUGUAUUCGAUGAAGGCUUGAAGAGUCGCAAUAAAAUUUGGAAAUUUCUUAAUCUUAAAUUUAUGAGAAAAGUAAAUUUAAAGAAUUUUACGUGA